CAUGCUCUACGCCACUGGCCGCCUCCUGGUUGCCGGGGCGGCCUUGGGAUGAGACUCACUUUGGAAAAAUGGGAAGUUACUAUAUCAACCGCACUUUCUUCUUUGAUGUGCACCCACCUCUGGGAAAGAUGCUGAUAGGUCUUGCUGGCUACCUGAGUGGAUAUGACGGUACCUUUUUGUUCCAGAAGCCCGGGGACAAAUACGAGCAUCACAGCUACAUGGGAAUGAGAGGAUUCUGUGCGUUCCUCGGUUCCUGUCUGGUCCCCUUUGCCUACCUCACUGUGCUGGAUCUGUCCAAAUCCCACCCGGCAGCACUGCUCGCCGCCGCCCUCAUCACCUUCGACACAGGAUGCCUCACGCUGUCCCAGUACAUCCUCCUCGACCCCAUCCUGAUGUUCUUCAUCAUGGCUGCCAUGCUGAGCAUGGUCAAGUCCAACUCCUACGCCGACAGGCCCUUCUCUGCCCCCUGGUGGUUUUGGCUCAGCCUGACUGGAGUCAGUCUCGCUGGUGCUUUAGGGGUCAAGUUCGUUGGCCUCUUUAUCAUCCUGCAUGUGGGGCUGAACACCAUCUCAGACCUUUGGCACCUGUUUGGAGACCUCAGUCUUUCAUUGGUGACUUUGGGGAAACACCUGACUGCACGCAUCCUGUGCCUCAUAGUGCUCCCCCUGGCUCUCUACACGGCCACUUUUGCCGUUCACUUCACAGUGCUGAACAAAAGUGGUCCUGGCGACGGUUUCUUCAGUUCUGCCUUCCAGGCCCGGCUUUCAGGAAACAACCUUCACAAUGCCUCCAUCCCCGAACACCUGGCCUAUGGCUCUGUGAUCACCAUGAAGAAUGUCCGCAUGGCCAUCGGCUAUCUGCACUCCCACAGGCACCUCUACCCCGAGGGCGUUGGUGCGCGCCAGCAGCAGGUCACCACCUACUUGCACAAGGACUACAACAACCUGUGGAUUAUCAAGAAACAUAAUACAAACUCAGAUCCCCUGGACCCUUCCUAUCCAGUGGAGUUUGUGAGACAUGGGGACAUCAUUCGCCUAGAACACAAAGAGACUUCUCGGAACUUGCACAGUCACUACCAUGAGGCCCCUCUGACCCGGAAGCACUAUCAGGUCACUGGCUAUGGCAUAAACGGGACAGGGGACUCAAAUGAUUUCUGGCGUAUUGAGAUUGUAAACAGAAAAUUUGGAAACCGGAUAAAAGUGCUGAGAAGUCGAAUUCGCCUCAUCCAUCUGGUCACAGGUUGUGUCCUGGGCUCCUCAGGAAAGGUUCUUCCCAGGUGGGGCUGGGAGCAGUUGGAAGUUACUUGCACUCCUUACCUCAAAGAAACACUCAACUCCAUCUGGAAUGUGGAGGACCAUAUCAAUCCCAAAUUGCCAAACAUCAGCUUGAACGUGCUGCAGCCCAGUUUUCCUGAGAUCUUGCUGGAAUCUCACAUGGUCAUGAUCCGGGGGAACAAUGGCCUCAAACCCAAGGACAAUGAGUUCACAUCCAAACCCUGGCACUGGCCUAUCAACUAUCAGGGCCUCCGCUUCUCAGGGAUCAACGACACUGACUUCCGAGUCUACCUGCUCGGGAACCCGGUGGUCUGGUGGCUGAAUCUGUUGAGCAUUGCCCUCUACCUCCUGUCGGGGAGCAUCAUGGCCAUAGCUAUGCAGAGAGGGGCCCAGCUGCCAGCAGAGGUUGCAGGGCUGUCCCGGGUCCUGCUACGAGGAGGCGGUCAGGUCCUGCUUGGGUGGAUGCUCCAUUACUUCCCCUUCUUCUUGAUGGGCCGGGUGCUCUACUUCCACCACUACUUCCCAGCCAUGCUCUUCUCCAGCAUGUUGACAGGUGUCCUCUGGGACACGCUCCUGCGGCUCUGUGCCUGGGGUGUGACCUCCUCUUGCCUGGCCAGGGCCGUGCAUGUGGUGGGCAUCCUGAGCCUGCUCCUAGGAACUGCCUACAGCUUCUACCUCUUCCACCCUCUGGCGUAUGGAAUGGUUGGUCCCCUCGCUCAGGACCCCCAGAGUCCGAUGGCAGGACUAAGGUGGCUGGAAUCAUGGGAUUUUUGAGGCCACUGCAAGGACUCCAGCCUGGGCGCAGGAGCUGCCUAGGACAGCCAGCUGUGGAGCCAGUCCCUGGACCUUCCCGCUGUGGAGGAAGCUGCCAGAGGAGCCUGAGGAGCUCUGUCGCCACC